CUCACGACCAUAUAAAAUUAUAAAUCAUAUUUCUUCAUUAAUCUUGGUCUUGCUUCUCUUUAAACUCUAUAUAAUAUAACAGCCCAAAAACAAAACACACCCACCCUAUCAAAGUUCAGAGUUGUUUUUUUCUUUUUUUCCAUUCCUUUCAUUUGGGACCCAUAAUAUCAUCAACAUGGAUGAGUCUCAAACUCAGACUCAGGUGACUCAGAACCAGAAACCCCUGACACGCCUAAACACCUAUGUGGAAAAAAGCUGGGUGGGCAAGCGGUUCAAGAUAGCCGAAAGAAACACCAGUUUCACCACGGAGCUCCGAGCCGGAACAGCCACGUUUCUCACCAUGGCUUACAUCCUCGCAGUCAACGCCUCCAUACUCACCGAUUCCGGUGGCACUUGUUCGGUCUCCGACUGUAUCCCACUCUGCUCUGACCAAUCCAUACCCGUAUCCAGCUGUACCGGGUCGAACCUCCGGGUCGUCCAACCCGACGUGUCAUGCAAAUUCGACCCUGUUAAUCCUGGUUACUCGGCCUGCCUCGAACGCAUACGCAAGGACCUGAUCGUUGCCACCGUGGCUUCUUCUCUAAUCGGGUGUGUGAUAAUGGGUGCCUUUGCGAACCUUCCUUUAGCUUUGGCUCCGGGUAUGGGUACCAACGCUUAUUUCGCUUACACAGUCGUCGGAUUUCACGGGUCGGGUAGUGUAUCCUAUAAAAGUGCUCUAGCCGCCGUGUUCAUCGAAGGGUUAAUCUUUUUAGCCAUUUCGGCAGUUGGGUUACGUGCAAAACUCGCUAAACUCGUCCCGAAACCAGUCCGAAUCAGCUCCUCCGCCGGUAUCGGACUCUUCCUAGCAUUUAUCGGGUUGCAAAACAACGAAGGAAUCGGACUUAUCGGGUACAGUUCUUCAACCCUAAUCACUCUCGGAGCUUGUCCAGCUUCCUCUCGCGCUUCACUAGCACCUGUCAUAACUGCCGCUAACGGAACCGUUAGUUUGUUACCGGGCGGUACCGUAUCGGGCGGUAUUUACUGUCUCCGAAACACAAUGGAAAGCCCGACAUUUUGGCUCGGAAUCCUUGGCUUCGUCAUCAUAGCUUAUUGUUUGGUGAAAGACGUUAAGGGUGCGAUGAUUUACGGUAUAGUUUUCGUAACGGCGGUUUCGUGGUUCCGAAACACACAGGUGACCGAGUUUCCCGAUACGGACGCCGGUAACUCGGCGUACGAGUAUUUCAAAAAGGUAGUUGACGUGCAUGCGAUAAAAAACACAGCUGGAGCUCUGAGUUUUUCGAGUAUAGGAAAAGGGUAUUUUUGGCAAGCCCUGAUUACGUUUUUAUACGUGGACAUCCUCGACACGACCGGUACGUUGUAUUCGAUGGCCCGAUUCGCCGGAUUUGUGGACCGAAACGGAGAUUUCGAGGGACAAUAUUUCGCUUUCAUGUCGGAUGCCACGUCAAUAGUUGUGGGUUCGUUAUUAGGGACGUCACCAGUGACGGCGUUUAUUGAAUCGUCAACCGGGAUAAGGGAAGGCGGGCGGACGGGAUUAACGGCGCUGACGGUGGCGGGGUAUUUCUUCUUGGCGUUUUUCUUCACGCCGUUACUUGCGUCAAUUCCAGCCUGGGCGGUAGGUCCGCCGUUGAUAUUGGUGGGAGUUUUGAUGAUGAAAUCAGUGGUGGAGAUUGAUUGGAACGAUAUGAGGCAAGCGAUCCCAGCGUUUGUGACUAUGAUUUUGAUGCCUCUGACUUAUUCAAUAGCGUAUGGGCUUAUUGGUGGGAUUGGUACCUACAUUGUGUUGCACCUGUGGGAUUGGGCUGAGCAGCUUUUGGUGAAGCUUGGAAUAGUGAGAGGUCGUGUUGUAAAGGCUGAAGUCAAUGGGACACGUGAUCAUGGUAGAGAAGAAGACCCUAGUGAUGUAAAGGCACUUGAUGUUUAAGAUUUUAUUGCAGUAAUAGAAUUGUGCCUUUUUUUUUUUUAAUUGGUGUGGGAUUAGGAAUUUGUGGAAAAAAUGGUUUCCAUGGUGGGAUUGUAAAAAAAAAAUAUAUAAAUUGCUUUCAAAUCUCCUCUUUUUCUUUA